AUGGGUAUUGUCAAAGAGCUGACUAUAUGUGCGUUUGUGGUGUAUGGGGUAGGCAAAUUAGUUUUAUUGGUUUGUUUCAAAAUUUUCUUCAAAAAUAAUUUGCACCCACAGAAACAGCAAACACAAAUACAACACAUAAAUUCACCUAUUCACGCAUCAGCCACAAAUACACGUAGAGAUACUUGUAUCUGUGACAGGCCGCCAUGCCAUAUCGUUUGCACGAGAUGCGGUUUUGAAUUAAUGGGUCGCCUACAGAAGGUCUGUCCGGCGCAUCCAAAAAAGUUGGCUUUAAUGGAUCAUCGUGAAUGUCCAAAUCGAAGCUGCAAAAGUAUUCGUCUUAUUGAAGUAUCGAACGACCAAACUAAGUAAAC